CAUCCCUGACGUCGCUGCAUCUGAACAGACCUAACGGCCACGCUACGAACUGUCAAACCAGAAAACGGUUAGAAGUGAAAAUUUGCGACGAACCAAGAAAGACAAGUGACGCUCUGCGUAUAUUUUAUAAAUUAACGAUAGUUUUAGUUGUUAAAGUUGUUUGUGCCAUUCCGCACAUCGGUAAAAACCCGAUCUAAGGCUGAUACCACGCACAGUCGAGCAUUCCUUUCAAAAGGGCCGAUAUAGGUUAGAUUUUCUUUUAUUGGUAUCAGAAUUAUUUGUAAUAAUGCGCAUUUUCUCGAACUCUAGGCCAGAAAUCUAUGCUCUCGAUUAUAACUUGGCAUCAAAACACGGAAACUCCUCUUGUACUAAAGGAGACAAAUGUAAGAAACAAAAAAUCCUAUGUAAAACUAUUUGCCCUAAUAAACUCAUUGUUUUUUAGCUUUGAGCUGCUCCUGCUCCAACUAGAGCUGCUGCGAGAACCUUUAGUGAAUUAUAUUCCAACAUCCUCAAAGAUUUUCGAAAACCCUAAAGAUUUCGAGAUGGUCAAUUCGGAAGAGGAAAUUGAUUGCCAAGAUGGAUUCGACUGUGGUGGAUGCAACAGACCUAAUUCGGUGGAACGGAGAAUGGUGUCGUGCGAUAAUUGUUUAGGCUGGUGGCAUCUGAGUUGUGCGAAUCAAUCUCCCGGCGUAAAGGAUCGCCCAUGGAGAUGCACUAAAUGCACAUCACCUUCUGCAGACCCGUCAGAGUCCGUAAACACCGCCGAUUUCAGCACACCCAUUGUGCGAUCAAAGGCUCCUCACUCCAGUUCAACGAGAAUAGGAAGGGCUGAAGUUGAGAACGGAGCUAGGAAGAAAUGUGCGGAAUCCAACAAAGAUUCGUCCGUGAGAAGUGCCGGCAAGUCUGUGAGAUCUACUACAUCCAGCGCCCGCAUCCGGACCGAACUUGAGUUGGCCAGAUUGGUAGCAGAAAAAGAAAUUAAAAGUCGUCGGAUGAGAGAGGAAAUGCGUUUCCUGGAAGAGGAGAGAGCCUUGCGAGAAAAGGAACGGGCUAUCCGGUUAGAGGAGCUUGCUUCUGAGGAAUCCUUCUUAAAGAAGAAGCACCAGCUGGAAGAGAAAUUAGUCGAAGAGUCGGGAUCGGAAAAUGUUUCCGAAUCAGCGCCAAGUGGAAGUCAAAAGGCUGAGGAAUGGUUGCGCAAUCAGCUGGAGGAAAAUAAUAACGAUCCGGAAGAGGUGUUUCCUCGGAUAGUCGAACCGGGUAAUCCGAAUUCAGUUCAUUCCGAACCUAGAAGUCACUCGGCACGAAUCCGUGUGCCAAUUAUGAACCUGAUUCCUGAAGUACCACCUCCAAAGCAACCCAUGAAUCCUUUCCCACAACCGGUAGCGUUUGCCAACCUGAAUAUUGGUCCGUCUGCAGAACAAGUGUUGGCUCGACAAGUCUGGCCCAGAAAACUACCUGUGUUUGCCGGAGAGCCUGAGGAGUGGCCAAUAUUUUUCCAUAGUUACGAAACGUCCAAUGCUGCCUGCGGUUUCUCAGACGUUGAGAAUCUUGUCCGUCUUAGAGAAAGCCUGCGAGGGGCGGCUCGAGAAGCAGUGAGAACAAAAUUGACAUUUCCUGACAGCGUGCCGAAGAUAAUGGAAACACUGAAACGUUUUUAUGGACGGCCCGAAAUUCUUGUAAGGAACAUGCUGGCUAAAGUGCGCAAACUCGAAUCGCCAAAAUCUGAGCGUCUAGAUAGCCUUAUUAAGUUUGCCACAGCUGUACAGCACCUUUGUGACCAGCUAGAGGCUGCAGGUCUACGAGCUCAUUUAUCGAAUCCCGAUUUGCUCAGCGAAUUGGUUGAGAAGCUCCCUGCUCAUCAUCAGCUUGCUUGGGUGAGAUAUAAACGCUCCUUCCCCGAGCCUACGCUGAAGGAAUUUGGCCAGUAUAUGGAGGAAUUGGCCGAGGACGCCUGUGAGGUUACUACGCUUGUACCGCCGAAACCUGAGGCAGCGAAGUAUGCAAAACCGUCGCAGAAGAAAGAGGGACAUUUCCAUGCUCACAUUAACAGUAAUGCAAACCAGGAAGAAUAUAGACAACGUAAGCCAUGUCCAAUCUGUGGUGGCAUAGAUCACCGGGUUCGGAACUGCUCGAAGUUCCAAGAACUAAAUCUCGAUUCAAGAAAGCGUGCAGUACGCCAGUGGAAUUUGUGCGAAAUGUGCCUGAAUGAGCACGGUAAUUGGAAGUGUAAAUCAAGAAUCCGAUGUAACAUCGAAGGCUGUAGAGUUCAGCACCAUCCGUUGCUCCAUGUUCCGGCGCAAGCCAAAAAGGGAGAAGCAACAGUCGUUAAAUCUGUUUGUAAUUCCCACAACGAAUUCAGAAAAGCUUUUUUCUUUCGAAUAGUUCCACUUACCCUGCACAACGGAAAUCGCACUGUCGAUACUUUUGGAUUCUACGAUGAAGGGUCAUCACUGACCAUGAUGGAAUCGUCAUUAGCACGCCGCCUAGGAAUAGAGGGAAAGAGGCAUCCGCUGGAAUUGCAGUGGACUUCCGGUGUAACCCGGAACGAAGAUUCAUCCAAGCUCAUUAAAUGCAUGAUCUCGAAGUUAGGAGAUCCGAAACAACAUUCUUUUACCGCACACACGGUUUCGAAACUUGAGCUACCGAAGCAAACCCUCUGCUACGACGAAUUAGCUAAUCGUUAUGAACAUCUGAAAGAUAUCCCAAUCAGUUCAAUUAACGAUGCUCAGCCUGAAGUGCUUAUUGGGUUAGAUAACAUUGACAUUUUAACCCCAAUCGAAAGUCGGCAAGGUCAACCUGGCGAACCUGUUGCCGUGAGAUCACUGCUCGGAUGGGCCAUCUAUGGGCCUAACGAGGCAGGAGAAAGAAAUGACAAGAACUCGGUCCGAGUUAACUUCCAUCACUGCGACGCAGAUCAAGAGCUUAACGACCUCAUCCGACAACAUUUCGUUCUGGAGGAACCCCAGAACCCGUUUGCGCCGAUUCUUGAAUCUGCCGAAGACAAGCGAAGUAAAACGAUCCUAGAGGAAACCACGGUGUUCCGUGACGGUGCAUACGAAACUGGAUUGCUGUGGAAAGCAGAUGUAGUGUGCUUCCCAGAUAACCGGUACAUGGCUGAGAGGCGUCUGAAAUGUCUAGAGAGCAAGCUGUCAAAAGACCCCGAACUACAGGCUAACGUACACCAACAAAUACGAGACUAUUUGACAAAAGGGUAUGCCCAUAAGGCAACCGAAGAAGAGUUGGCAGAAACUAGUGCUGAGCGCGUCUGGUACCUCCCCCUGAAUGUGGUGUCGCACCCGAAGAAACCGAACAAAAGACGGCUGGUGUGGGACGCGGCUGCCUCAGUGGGUGGAGUUUCCCUCAACAAUCAACUAUUAAAAGGCCCGGAUUUACUGGUCCCCCUGCAUUCAGUUAUAUGCAAGUUCCGAGAGUGGCGCAUCGGAUUUGGUGGCGACGUAAAGGAAAUGUUCCACCAAAUCCGAAUAAGAGCAGCUGACAAAAACUACCAACGAUUCCUGUUUCGAUUCGACGCAACACAACCGCCCGACGUGUAUAUUAUGGACGUCGCGACGUUCGGAGCGACGUGCUCGCCCUGUUCGGCGAUCUACGUGUUGCACAAAAUAGCAGACGAGUGUCGGGAGGAUUUCCCGAAAGCUACGACAGCUAUCAAGGAGAAAACGUAUAUGGACGAUUAUUUCGAUAGUGCCCCCACUUCCGAGGAAGCAGCUGAUCGAGCGAUUCAGGUGAAAGGAGCCCUUGCUCGGGCCGGAUUCACCAUGAGAAAUUGGGUUAGCAACGAUGAAUCGGUGCUACAAGCAGUCGGAGAGAAUUCGGAACAGAAAUCGCUCUCACUUAUCAGUGACAUAGGAGGCGAUAACAUCGAGAGGGUCCUUGGACUGGAGUGGAACCCACGGCAGGAUUGUUUCCAAUUUCCUACCAGCCUACGUGGUGAGCUGGCGCCGUAUGUUUGCGGCGAACGACGACCGACUAAGAGAAUGGCUCUUCGAUGUAUUAUGAGUCUUUUCGACCCAUUGGGUCUUCUGUCCCCGUAUACAAUCCACGGGAAGAUGCUGUUCCAAGAUCUUUGGAGAUGCGGCAUACAAUGGGAUGACGACAUUCCGGAUGAAGCUUUCGAGAAAUGGGUCCGAUGGACAAAGCUUCUCCAAGAAAUCAACAACCUUCAGAUCCCCAGGUGCUACUGUGGUGGAGAUCAUGCUGGAGGGUACGAAACAUUGCAGCUACAUGUGUUCACCGAUGCCAGUGAACUGGGCUACGGAUGCGCGGCGUAUUUCCGUGUCAUCGAGGAUGGAAAAGUGAAAUGCUGCUUGGUGAUGGCGAAGGCUAAGGUGGCCUCCCUCAAGGUGCAAUCGAUUCCCAGAAGAGAGCUUCAAGCCGCUGUGUUGGGUGCUAGGAUGUUGAUAAACGUUUGUUCUAGCCACACGGUGGAAAUCAAGGAGAAAUUUCUUUGGACGGAUUCUACCACCGUCUUGUCCUGGAUUAGAUCUGACCACCGAAGAUUCAAGCAAUAUGUAGCCGUUCGCAUCGGAGAAAUUCUGACCUUAACAGAUUCGGAUCAGUGGCGCUGGGUGCCUUCGAAAGAGAACAUCGCUGACUGUUUGACCAAGUGGAAUAAAGAUACGGAUCCAAAACCGGAUGGUCGUUGGUUUAAUGGCCCAUCAUUCCUGUACGAACCUGCUGAUAGAUGGCCACAACAGAAAUCACCGAAUGAAAGCACCAACGAAGAGUUGAGAACCCACUACCUUUUCCACCACAUUGAUAUUCCCAUUCAGCUAAUUGACAUUGCUAGAAUCUCUAAAUGGACCAUAUUGGUACGCAUACUGGCUACGGUUAUGCGAUUUAUUUCGAAUUGUCGUCGACGAAAGAAAGCAUUGCCCAUCGAGACGGUACCUUCCGUAGAGAAUGUGAAGCGAUACGUAAUGCGAACCAUCCCGAAUAUCGAAACACCGUUGAAGCAAUCCGAAUACCAAUCAGCCGAGAACAUCCUUUGGCGAUUGGCUCAAAGUGAGCACUACCCUGAUGAGGUGAAGGUGCUGAUAUCAAAUCGUGAAAGAGCCCUAGAGGAUUUAAUCAAGAUUGAGAAAACUAGUUGCCUGUAUCAACUCUCCCCGUUUGCUGACGAAUUUGGUGUUAUUAGAGUGGAAGGAAGAACCGUGAAUGCGCAGUACGCGUCCUUCGAUUCCCGAUUUCCAGUAAUAUUGCCCCGAGAGCAUGUAGUUACCCAAAGGCUUUUGGAGCAUUAUCACCGAAUUUUUGGACACGCAAACAGAGAGACAAUUGUCAACGAAGUCCGUCAGCGUUUUCAGAUCGCGAAUCUGAGGUCCGCUGUUAACGAAGUAUCGAGAAGCUGCCAGGUAUGUAAGAUUAAAAAAUGUAAACCACAUCCACCAAGAAUGGCGCCAUUGCCAGAGCAAAGAUUGACACCGUAUACCAGACCCUUUGCGUAUACCGGUGUGGAUUAUCUCGGGCCGUUGGAGGUAACCGUUGGCAGGCGGAAGGAAAAGCGAUAUGUAGCGGUCUUCACAUGCUUGGUAGUCCGUGCCGUUCACCUGGAGCUGGCGUACAGCUUAACGACGGAUUCCUGCAUAAUGGCGAUCAGGAGAUUUGUGCGAAGAAGAGGUCCCCCACGCCAAAUAUUUUCCGACAACGGGACGAACUUUGUCGGUGCCGAUCGCGAGCUUAAACGACAGAUCAAGAGAAUCAACAGCGACUGUUCCGACACAUUCACCAACGCCCGAACAAGCUGGUUAUUCAAUCCGCCCUCCGCUCCCCACAUGGGUGGAGUAUGGGAGCGGAUGGUGCGAAGCGUGAAAGAAUCGAUGAGAGCUCUCGACGACGGAAGGAAACUCAACGACGAGAUUCUGCUGACGGUGUUGGCGGAAACAGAAGCUUUUAUAAACUCUCGUCCACUGACGUACAUGCCUCAAAGUUCGGCCGACUACGAAGCGUUGACACCCAACCACUUUUUGGGUAACUCCACGGGAGAUCAGGACCCUAUGCGUGAUCCAAUCAGUCUCAGCCAAGCACUGCAAAGCAGUUACCUUCGUUCGCAGUAUUUAGCUGAUGCUACAUGGGACAGAUGGCUGAAGGAAUACUUUCCUAAUAUGAACAAGCGGUCCAAGUGGUUCGAAGAUGUAGUGUCGGUUAAACUUGGAGACCUGGUGUAUAUUGCGGAAGGCAGUCGGCGUACCUGGAUCCGAGGAAGGAUCGUGGAGCUAAUCCCGAACAAGGAUGGAAGGAUCAGACGUGUUGCAGUACAAACGGCAUCUGGACGACUUGAGAGACCGGUGGCGAAGCUGGCCGUUAUGGAGAUAGGUAACGGUGAAUCCGAGCAAGGCGAUGCGGAGGCCGUUCCGGAUUCACGGGGUGGAGAAUGUUCUGGCAUCCCUGACGUCGCUGCAUCUGAACAGACCUAA